GUUUUCUCUCUAACUGAUUUUCAAAAGCAUCUGCAAGAGCCCCCUCUUGCUCUUUCAAUAUUUUCUUCCCAUCUCAUUCAUCCAGUUUUAUUUCUGUCAGCUUCAGAAUCGAUCGAUCACAUUGAUCAGUCACAAUGAAGGCCGAUAUCACCCUGGCCCUGAGCAUGCUCUGUCUGGUCCUCCUGAUCUUCGUCCAUGAAGCCAUGCCUGCCCCUAAUGGAACUUUCUUCAAUGACACACUAACUGAAAAUACGAGCAUGAGAGAUGGACUUCUGAAUGAUUCCAGCAUCUCCACUGACCAAUCCACACCUGAGAAGCAUGACAGAGGAAUGGAUGGUGAUCAUUCUGUCAUGACAACAGACUCCCCGAAUGGUACACCCACAUCCACAGGGAUUCAGACAUCUGCAACAUCAGGUAGCCCAACCCAGCAGACUGAAAAUACCACACCACCCCCACCGACAAACCCUAUCUCUCUUCCCAAGACCCCCCCCACCAUCUCAUCCCCUCCAUCCCCUAAUCAAACCCCAUCUGGUCAGUUAAGUACGGGGACCAUCGCGGUCGUGGUCCUAAUCCUCAUCAUUCUUCUCCUACUGAUUAUCGUGCUGUUCUUCUACAAGUGGAACACCCGCCACUCAGGCCAGGACAGCUCCGCCCCUCGGCUGUUAUUGGGCAUCAGAGAGCGCAUGAGGGGCGGUGUUAGAAGCCUGGAGGAUGGGCUGGGGCUCCGCCUCUGGCCAGGAAAGAGAGUGGUGGAGGAAGACGGGGAGGAGGAGGGGAAGGGCGGAGAUGGAGAGGCUGCUGUCGGAGUGAGAGGGGGACAGAGGGAUGAGGAUGAAGGAGAUUCCUCAGACGACUACUCCAGUUUAGAUGGGAUUGACCUCAGCGAGAGAGCCAAGAACUUAGAGGAUGAGGAGAAAAAGGAGGAGGCAGCGGUGAAGAGGAAGAGUGGGAGCGAGGGAGGCCAGGAUGACAUGAAUGGAGAGAGGACUGAUGGAAGGAAGGAGGGUGGUGAAGAAGAGCGAACAGGGGAAAUCCCCGGUGAGGAAAAAAGCGAGGGGGAGACUUGUGACCUCACAGCACUCUAAGGGAAGAGGGAGGAAGGGGUUAAACUGGUGAUGGGGAGGGUGGGACGAAAUAGCAAGAGAAGUGUUAAAGAUGUUAAUUGUGACACAAUUCACUCUUACUAUUGGAGUAUAUUUUUUCAUAUAAGCGUGUCAAUGUUAAAUUCAGCCAAAUAUAGAUUUUUGGUAAUCCCUGUUACAUUUGUGUUUUAAAUAAACUGACGGACCCCCUAAUAGAUUCCUGCUUAUAAUUUAUAUUACAGAUGCAGCCAAAUAUAUUGGCGCCUUUUGCACGUUUCACUAUUUAUUCUAAAAUAACUGUGUUCACUGUGUAUUUGUUUGAUUUACAACUGCACCUGACCCAAAAUAAAUAAAAUAACUGAUAUUGAAAUUUGUCACUUCAAAGUCGAAAAUGUCCUGGACUAAUUUAUUCUAAAUUAAAAUUAAUUUGGUUGGAGGCAAGUGAUUCUUGUUUAUGUGUAAUUUAUCUCACCUGUGGUAAGUUGCAGAUGCUGUCUGGGUAAAAAUAUCCAUUCAAUCAGUUUAGUAAAGAGAAAACAGAACAUUCUGCUCAAUUGACCUCCAUUGAAAAAGUGCAAAGGCGCCAAUAUACACUGAGUUACAAAACAUUAAGAACACCUGCUCUUUCCACAACAGACUGACCAGGUGAAAGCU